UAAUAUAUUCCGGAGAACAAACGGUAUAGUACGGUAAAAAGACAGGCAAGCCGAGAACCAGUUACUACUUCCGGAUUUACGUCAACGGCUGAAAAUCAAUUAUUUUACAGAUUUUAAGUGAUUAAGGGAUGUGAAAGGACACCUGUCAGGAUGAGUGCUGGGCCUCUUAUAAUUGAGAUUGUGCUGACCUGCUUUCUUGCUGCCAUUCUCCUUCAUCGUUAUGGAGAUCUACGGAAACAGCAUGUUCUUGUAACCUUGUUUACAUUUAUUGCUUGGUACUUCUCUUUUAUGAUCAUCUUUAUCUUGCCCUUGGAUGUAUCAAGCACGUUUUAUAAACAAUGUUUAGAGGAGAGAACAAGAAGUUUACCUGUGACAACAACAACAACUAUUGCACCUUCCAAUGUUACAAGCAGUAGGAAUGAUACUACCACACCAAAACCAAGUAGUCAUUUGCUGGUACGUAGAGCAGUGAUUGAGGAACCAUGUCAGAUGCCAGUAAGUCAUGUGCCAGAUAAUGUGUUACCAACGCUCUGGAAGAUAGUGUACUGGACAUCUCAAUUCUUAACUUGGUUUCUUCUACCAAUGAUGCAGUCAUACUCUCGAGCAGGGGACUUCACUGUAGCUGGAAAAAUUAAGUCUGCAGUGAUAGAAAAUGCUUUAUAUUAUGGAACUUACUUUCUGAUAUUUGGUGUUUGUUUGAUUUAUGUUGCUGCAAGACCAGAUCUAAAUAUUGAUGGGGAAAAGUUGAAGGUCAUAGGUGUUACAGCAAGUAACACCUGGGGAUUAUUUUUGUUGGUAUUGCUGCUGGGAUAUGGUCUUGUGGAGGUUCCCAGAUAUGUAUGGAAUAAUGCAAAGCACUCUUAUAUGUUGUCAAGAACAUAUUUCAAAAUUGCAAAACAGAGUACCGAGAAAACAGAAGCUGAGGAAAAUCUUGAAGAUGUUCUGGAGGAAGUUAAACAGGCCUCAGAGAAGAUACGUUACAACCAUUCCCUUAGAAGACAUGUAGAAACUAUUCUUGAAAAGUGUCCAGAUUCGGUGAGGAAUAGCGUGAGUCGGACAGAAGAUUAUGAAGACUAUAACAAGAGUAUAGAGACGCCAUCGGAGAAAGCUCUUGUAAAGCUUCACCGUAAUGUGAUAUAUGCAAUGCAGACUAAUAAAAGACAUCAGACUCAGUGGAGCAUGAUGAUGCAGAAAUCAUUUGAACUGGAAGAUCGUAUACUCAAUGAUAUGAGUAUUGACAAACGGUACAAACAUAGCUUUCCUGUGCAGAGAAACAGAAUUGUACAGCGCUUUUUCACUCCAAAUAUAGAGUGGUAUUGGAGAUGUUUAUGUGAGCCGUGGGUAUGUCGUAUACUCGCUGUUAUACUUACUAUUGUAUCAUUCAUGGUUGUGUGGUCCGAGUGUCUGUUCUUCAUCAAAAGUCCAGUCCUCUCUAUUUUUGCUGUAUUUAUUAACUUGGCCAAAGAAAACUAUGAUUAUGUAUACAUUGAGCUGGCAAGUAUUUUGACUAUUGCCUAUCUGUGUACAUGUGCAUACUACAGCGUGUUUCAGAUAAAAAUUCUCAACUACUAUUAUAUUGCUCCCCAUCACCAAACCAACGAAUACAGUCUUAUCUUUACUGGCAUGCUGCUAUGCCGUCUAACACCACCCAUGUGUCUAAAUUUCCUUGGAUUAAUCCACCUUGACAGUCAUGUGACUCACUCUGAAAAUAUUCAUGAAACUGCUUAUACUUUGAUAAUGGGCCAUAUGGAUGUGAUACCAAUAAUAUCAGAUGGUUUUAAUAUAUAUUUCCCGAUAAUGAUAGUGUUGUUGUGUAUAUGCACCUACUUUAGUCUUGGUAGCCGUAUACUACACUUCCUGGGCAUUAAUCAGUUUAUAGGAGACGAUGAUCUGACCUCGGAACUUGUUGAUGAAGGCAAGGAAUUAGUUAAAAGAGAGCGGCGUAGAUUAGAUCGUGUUGCUGAUACUGAGGCAAGACGUAGAGAAUGGAAUACAAGGUUUGGAGAUGGGAGUAACUUAAAUAGAUCUGUUGGGGCCAGGAUGGACUCACCUGAAGAUAUGAAAAUAAGAUCUGGAUCUUCUAAUCAAGGUAGCUACACGAUGCCGAGGGUUCCUAAUACAUAUGAUAAGAGUGAGUUACUAAACGAGGCAGAACCAAUAGACUAUAGUGAUGCUCCUGUAGAAGGCUACACAUCACCAAAUUCUGCAGCAGGCUACCAGGCUCAAGCCCAGCAACCAAGGAUCAAACCACAGCGGCCAGGAACCAGGGUGCCACCAAGAGGAAUCUUUGAUGAUGUUUGAGUAAUAAUAAAUAACCACAAAUCGUUGAACAAUAGAUCUUGGAGAAUACUGGUUUAUUUAUCACUGUAACAUUUAUAUAGCCAUUACAUGCAAUUUGGUUUUCCAUUUCAUUUGUUAUACUUAUGUAGUAUAAUAUCAUAUUAGAUAUAGGUGUGAAUAUUUGCUAUGCUUGACUAAAAGUUUAUUUUGUAGUUGGUUUUGAUAUAUUGUUUUGAUGUUGAACUAUAAAACCAUGUCAAUUAUGAAUUUAAUUAAACAAUUUCUGUAUGAAAGAUUAUAUUCUGAUAUUUUAAAUGGUUAAAUAGAUUAUUUAUCCUGUCCAUGAUGCAAAAACAUCAAAAUGUAUUUUCUUUUUAUGAUGGAAAUACAGUCUACAAUUUAGUAAGUUAUGGCAUUUUUUACAGUCACCUACUUUUAUUUUAAAUUGUUGAUUGUUUUCUUCAGUUAUUAAUUUUAUAGGCUAUGUAGUUGACCUUUAACCUGCUGUACUUGCAUUAUGAAUUUUGCCAAGCUUUGAAUUUAGAAUAGUCCAUUUAAAGUUUAAGGAAUUUCAAUAAUAAUAUACGAAAAUUGAGCUACCAACAUUAGAGAGUCUGGUCAGAUAGUAGUAAUGUGCAGGCUGGCCUGGCUCUAUACUAAUGGCAAAAGCUAUUUACUUUUAAUUUCAGCAGUUAAGGUUUAAACUUCAUUCAGAUUUUAUUAAUUACUUUCCACUUAAAAAGUUUAAGGGUUAAACAUAAUUGAUUAUAUUGCAAAUAUUUAGAGCUGUUCUGAAUAGGAGAAAUAUUAAAUACUCCCAUGACUGAUAUUGUGGCAUUAUCAUAUGUUGAUAAAGAUAUAAUUUUUAAUAAUAAAGAAAUCAUUUUAUUUUUCUAAUUUCAAUUUUCUAGUCCGUAUUUGUUACAUUUAAUGUUGGUAUAUAUAUUAUUUUUGUGUUUCUGUUUCCAAAAUUGUUAUAGGUCAAAUUGUAGAGCUUAAUUGAUUUGAAUGAUAUGUUAUGACUUUUUUGUUUACUUCAAUAUCUUAUUUUUCGUAAUGUAUGGCUGUACCUGUACAUGACUGAAGCAUAUACAAUCUGCCGUCUUGUAGUGUUAAUAAUUAUGUCUUCAAAUAGAAUUAGACUUUUAAAACUUCUGCCUUUUUGCAUGUAUCAUUUUAUUAUGUAAAUAAAGCUAUACAUUACACGAUGAUAAGGGAAGGAAUCAGAUUUGCUUCUUUAUAUAUGCAUUCAUAAUCUGUAGGAAGAAUUAUUUUGGGAUACAUGGAUAGAGUGAAUUUAUUCAUAUAUUUGCUUCAAUUUAUAGUUAGUAAUUUUUGUCAAAUAUUUUACAUAUAGUAAUAUUGUAAAGUCUUAAGCCACCCAUACACAAUUUGGGUUGAAAGAAAAUAUUGUAACAUACCAGAUAUGUAGUAUGUAAAUAUAUUAUAGACCAUGUGAUUCUGAUAUAGUUUUGAUAUUCUUACAGAUGAAACAUUAUACAAGGAUGUAAAUUUUCGAAAGGAUUUUUUUCAUAUGUGGACAGACCAACUUUUAGACUAGACCUUCAAGUAGUGAAGACUGAACUUAACUCAAAUUUUGAUUGGUUUUGGUACAACUGACUGUAACUUUAUUAUGUCUUCAUACCUGGACAGAACAAUCUUUAGGACAAGAUCUCAAAGAAGGUUGAUCUUGACACAUAAAUGACAUUGACCUUUAAGGUCAAAUAUUUGGAUUUUGUCAUCUGUACAUGACCUUGUGUCUAAGGGUUAAAUAUGAAAUGCCUUUUUUUUUCAAAAACGUCCACUACAAUGUUCUUUCUUUCAUGUUUAUUUUCCUUUAGAAAAAGAUAGUAGGGAGUGUAGCACUACUCUAAGAUAGUUCUUGCUGUUAUUUGUAAAUAUCAUUGUCAAUUUAAAUAGAUUUGUGCAGCAAAAAAUUGAUAAGAAAUCAUCCUGUAAUUGUGAAUGAGUGGCUACAAGAUUUU